GCCGCCGCGCCUCCGCCUUCGCCGGACGCCGAAAUGCUUUCCGAGUAGCUUUGUCCCAAGCGGCGCUCCGUCCCGAAAGGCCCAGGCGCGUCAGGUGAGAGGUGAGGCGAGAGUCCUGGACGCGGAGGAGCCGGGCGGUGCUUAAGAGGCGAGAGGCAGGCUGAGGGGGCCAUGGCGGCGGCGGCAGGAGCCUACGAGAACUUGAAGCUGCACAUAACGCCAGAAAGGUUUUAUGUGGAAGCUUGUGAUGAUGGAGCCAAUGACGUACUUUCCAUUGACAGAGUCUCCACAGAGGUCACUCUUACAGUUAAGAAAGAUAUUCCGCCUUCAGCAGUUACCAGGCAAAUAUAUGGCAUUUUGGGGACAAUCCGUCUAGUGGCAGGCACGUAUCUUAUUGUAAUAACAAAAAAGAGAAAAGUAGGUGAAUUUUUCAAUCAUGUUGUUUGGAAAGCAACAGACUUUGACAUCCUCUCUUACAAAAAGACAAUGCUACAUUUAACUGAUAUUCAGUUACAGGACAAUAAAGUCUUUUUAUCAAUGAUUAGCCAUGUAUUGAGUGUGGACGGAUUUUAUUUCUCUACGACAUACGACUUAACACACACUUUACAACGGUUGGCUAAUACCAGCCCGGAGUUCCAAGAAAUGAGCUUGCUUGAAAGGGCAGAUCCUCGGUUUGUAUGGAAUGGGCACCUCCUUAGAGAAUUUGCUGCUCAGCCUGAGAUCCAUAGGUUUGCUACUCCAGUGAUGCAUGGAUUUAUUAUCAUGCACUCUUGUUCCAUCAAUGGGAAAUAUUUUGACUGGAUUCUUAUUUCCCGAAGAAGUUGUUUCAGAGCAGGCGUGCGCUACUAUGUAAGAGGUAUUGAUUCUGAAGGACAUGCGGCUAACUUCGUAGAAACGGAACAGAUAGUACAUUACAAUGGGAGCAAAGCAUCUUUUGUUCAGACACGUGGAUCAAUUCCGUUUUUCUGGUCGCAGAGACCAAACCUCAAAUAUAAACCAAAGCCACAGAUCAGCAAAACAGUAAAUCAUAUGGAUGGCUUUCAAAGACACUUUGACAGUCAGAUUAUUAGCUAUGGAAAGCAAGUAAUUGUUAACCUGGUUAACCAGAAGGGCUCAGAAAAGCCGCUUGAGCAAACGUUUUCAAAAAUGGUAAACAGCUUGGGAAAUGGAAUGGUCAGAUAUGUAGCAUUCGAUUUCCACAAAGAAUGCAGUCAUAUGAGGUGGGAUCGGCUCCAGAUUUUAAUGGAUCAACUAGCUGAACAGCAAGAUGAAUUGAGCUACUUUCUGGUUGAUUCUGACGGGAAGGUGGUGUUGCAGCAAGAAGGGACAUUCCGCAGUAAUUGUAUGGACUGCCUGGACCGGACGAAUGUGAUUCAAAGCCUUCUGGCACGGCGCUCUCUCCAAGCACAACUUCAGAGAUUAGGCGUUUUGCAUGUUGGCCAGAGAAUUGAAGAACAAGCAGAAUUUGAGAAGCUUUAUAAAAACGCGUGGGCCGAUAAUGCAAAUGCAUGUGCCAAACAAUACGCUGGAACGGGUGCCUUAAAGACAGACUACACGAGAACUGGGAAGAGAACUCAGUGGGGCCUCCUGAUGGAUGGUUGGAACUCACUCAUUCGCUACUACAAAAACAACUUUUCUGAUGGAUUCAGACAGGACGCUAUAGAUCUAUUUCUUGGAAACUAUUCGGUGGAUGAAGUAGAUUCUCUCAGUCCUCUUCGUGUGCAGAAAGACUGGAAAUUUUUGGCUUUGCCUAUUAUUAUGGUGGUGGCUUUCUCAAUGUGCAUUAUCUGUUUGCUUAUGGCUGGUGACACCUGGACAGAGACCCUGGCCUACGUGGUUUUCUGGGGAAGCGCAAGCUUUGGAACUCUUGCUAUCAUCCUUUACAACGGCAAGGAUUUUGUAGAUGCGCCCAGGCUGGUUCAGAAGGAGAAGAUGGACUGAAUUUGUGUGUGUGGAAAACAGCUUGGUAGGGAUGGCUCCUCAACCAGUACCUGGAGCCUCUACUGAUCUGUUUUCCACACAAGCUCGUGGUCUUUUUUUCUUUUUAGCUUUCAUCUUUGCAGGGUGAAAAAGUGAAUUGAACUUGUUACUUGGUGGAGGGGAUUGGCCGUUUUGAUUCUAUAGUCACAAUGAUCUUAGGAGUAUUGCAUUUACUGGAGAGCUUGCACACAUAACCAUUAGGAGGAUUAAGAGGUGAAAGCCAGUUUGCACCGUGGUCCCACAGGGUGUUAACUGGAUUCACAAAAAGGGUGUGCCAAGCUUCACAACCCAUGAAUGUAGUAUUGUAAAAUCUUUUGAGAUGUCUCAGCCUUUU